GUUCGAGACAAUAAAAUUGUACCAUUCCUGAGACGACUUCCGAUCUCUAUCACGUUUAAUACAACGUUGAUCCUCCUUAUCCUCACUUGCUCUACUUUAUCUACAGUCUUUUUCCUCGAAGUACAACCGAAGAACAUCUGAUAUGUCUGGACCAGAGUCUAUUUCUACAAUGGUUGAUGGGGAUGAUCGAACUUGUUUUGUUCCAAAACAUCAAGGACUUAAUGUUUUGCCUAACUCUCCUCUCUUCAGCCGGAUUUUGAGGCUCGCUCAUCAAAGCGAAAGAAUCGCGAUCAAAGAUCCCACUGCCGGGUUCGCCGCGAGCUAUAUUCAACUGCUAACGGACGUGCUCCACCUUCGGAAUCACCUUGAGAAAUCGCUAGACUACUCAAUACUAGAGCACCUGGGAAAGGGUGAAGAAGUUUUCGUAACUAUUUUAGGAGAAGGUGGAUAUGAAUUCACAGUGGCUUUCUUUGCUAUUAUGGCUGUUGGUGCGGUCGUUGUUCCCCUAUCUCCUAGCCUGUCGUUGGAAGAAUUGCGCAAUAGAGUCAAAAGAUGUCGCUCGGUUGCGACCCUCACGACGUCCACCCGUACUGCCUUGGGAAGAGAAUUGGAGGAAUACAUCGCAAUAUCUUCUACUUCAACUUUCCGCUGCAUCGAUAUAGGGCCACAUAUAAACAGACCACCACUGUUGCCGCGUGAGAUUAUCAUCUCCUCCGAUCUCCAGCUAGACAGCAAUGGCUCUUCCUUUGUUAUCUUCACGUCCGGGACCACUGGUCAGCCAAAAGGGGUAGUAAAACGCCGAGCUGCUGUUUACAACGCAGCUCUUGCCGUAGCUGAUAACUAUCAGCUGGGUGAGAACGACACGGUCCUGCAUAUCACGCCUAUAAACCAUGCAUCCGGCAUUGGAUUGGCUCUAUUACCGUUUUUGCUCUCCGGCGGUUGUGUUGAAUUUCAAAUUGAGUGUUCCGAAGCUUUCGACGCUGGACGACUCUGGGAGCGUUGGCGGGAGGGUGGACUCACGUUCUUCUCUGGAGUGCCAAACAUCUAUAAUACCAUGAUGGAGUAUUUUGAGAAGCACAUCAGCAGUCUUCCCGCAGAGCAGCUCAAGGGCUACAUUGCAGCGGCCAAUCAAUUCAGAGGGAUGCUCUGCGGGACUUCCGCAUUAGCACAACAAUUGCAGCAGAAGUGGACAGAGCUAAGAGGCGGUAGGAUGCUACUCACAAGAUAUGGCGGAACUGAAUCUAGCGCUGUUUUCAAGGUUCCAUUGCAUGCCGCAGACGUGCCGGAGGGCUCAGUAGGUGAGAUUGUGCCUGGAGUAGACGUGAAAUUGUCCGACGGUGACAAGGGUGAGGUGUUCAUCAAAAGUCCAAACAUGUUCUCAAAAUAUCUAUUUGAUCCAGAAGCUACUGCGAACGCCCACGACAAGUACGGCUAUUUUAAAACUGGAGAUCUCGCACGUCGCGAAGGAAAAUAUUAUUUUAUCUUAGGGCGCGCAGACGUGGACAUCAUAAAGUCUGGCGGCCAUAUAAUAUAUACAUUAGAUAUCGAGAAAGAGAUAUUGGGCUUGGAUUACGUUUCUGAAGUCAUGGUUGUAGGUGUUGAGAACGGAGAAUUGGGUCAGAGAGUUGCUGCGGCAGUGGUUUUGACGGGGAACACUACGUCUCUUACACUUGCGAACCUCCGGAAAGAUUUGAGCCCAAUUCUUCCAGACUAUAAAUUGCCAACGUAUCUUCGGAUUGUGGGGAAGGGGGAGCUUCGUAAGACUGCAAUGGGCAAGGUAUUGAAGAAAGCCCUAGCAGGAGAGCUUUUCCCGCCACAUGGACACUCCGAUAUACAGAUAUAGAAAUCUUGUGGCGGGCAUCUCCGGACUUCCGAGGAUGGCAGAGUAGCGGAAUAAUGGCAUCAUUCUUAGUGGCAGUCCAAACCUUUGUGUUUUGUGCAUGAAACCGACCAUGUGAGCACUUAAAUGUAUAGUCAAUUUGCAAUACUCUUAGAUUUGUCUAAAGUACUAGAAUACAUAGAUAUUGAGGAUACAUAUAAUCAGAGAAAUGCGAG